AUGAUGAAGAAGAAGAAACAAAGUAGAUCCCAAUCUUCUACCAGGGAACCAUCCCCAGAUUCUUCACCUUCACCUAGGCUCCUCUCCAUUUUCCGUUCUAAGUUGGUAAGUGGUAAAGACUUGAAGCAUAUGUUCAGAGGCAUGAAGACCAAAACCGCACCUGGACUAUCCUCUCAGUCUAGAAUCGUGAGAUGUCCCAAGUGCCACAAGCUUCUACAAGAACCUAUAGAUGCGACUAUUUACAAAUGCAGUGGAUGCAACUCGAUUCUUCAAGCAAAACGUUGGGAACUGGAAAGUAAUAGUGACUCUAUUCCAGAGGCUCUUCUUUAUUCUCAAAACCGUAGUUUAAGUACACAGUUAGAAUCUGCAGAAGGUGGCAGUCAAACUCCAAUGAGUAGUUACCGGAAGUACAACUCAAGGGCAUCCCCUUCUGUUGACAGGGGUUAUCAUUCAGAAACUGUUUACAAGCAUGAGACAUCUGAUAUUAGCAAAGAAUGGAUGAGAAGGGCUGAUGAGUUCAGUGUGACAGGUGACUCUGAUGCGUUUGCUUCAGCAAGAAGCUCUCCAUAUAACUCACGCAGCAAUGCUGCACCGGAAUGGACACAACAUGAGAGGAGACAUAAAGAGCCGCAUCAGGUUCCUUUUUAUCCAGCUAGUCCUUCCCCUUCUUCUGCAUAUGAGUAUGGCUACACUAGUCCCUUUCACGGCUCUCAAGCUUCUGCAUCGGAGCAGUCUUAUUAUCAUCAUCAACCAAACCAAUUCAAGCCAAAAGACAGAGAAGGCUGGUUUCAAGAAUCUCCUGCUGCUUCACCAAUUCGUUUCCCUGGUGAGACAUCUGAUAAAAAAUACUAUCCCUCGUCUUCUCAGUCUCAGGUUCAUGAUCCUCGGUAUCAUAAUCUCUAUGGACCCAUUAGCUCUGCAACCUCUCAUCGCUCUGUGUACUCUGAGCAUAGUUAUCAAGCAGAUACAACGCCCCUCCGUUCCCAAUACUCUGCGCAUCCCAAGAGUGGAACAAGCAAAGAGAAGAGCUCUCAGAGGGGGAAAAAGAAGCAUGUCAGAAAGAAGAAUCCGGUGGUGAAACGCUACGUUCUUCCUUCAGCGGGAGGAGCGCCUUUUGCAACUUGUUCCUAUUGCUUGGAACUUCUACAGCUUCCUCAGGUGUCUCUCCGUGGAAAACAUAAGAAGUAUCAAGUGAGAUGUGGCAGUUGUUCCGGUGUACUUAAGUUCUCUGUCCGAGAGAAGGCAGAUACUGUCCUCGGUUCACCUGGUUUUGCUGAGGAGACUGUUACUAAUCAUCAGGAUUCAGCUUCAGAAGGUCAUGAAGAGAUUAAUUCGGAUGGCUCCACUUCAGACAACGGCUCCGGGGAUAGAUCCUGCAAAAGCAACGAUGCUGUUAUCAUGAGGCGGAAUAUGGAAACGUUUGAGGAUAAUGAGAGUAAAGAAGACACAAGGAGCAUAUCAAACACAGUUUUAGAUUCGGAAACGGAGGCGUUGCAGCCUUCUAUGAACCACAAGUUAUGGGAACAACAACCUGCAUCAAGUGAGGGAAUCAGAGUUUCAAGAAACCAUCUAGAGCAAUCUGAGGAAGCUGAAAGAGUCAGUUGCGAUAUAGAGGAGGCUAGAUUAAACGAGAAGAAUGAAAAUCUUAAGCCAGAAGAUAUGUUUGGUGAGUCCUUAGAGGUUCAAGUAUACAAGAACGAAAGAAUGAGUGAUUCAAGUAUAGAAGCUGAGACAGUUUCAGAUAGCCCGGUAUCUCAUACUGGUCAAGCUGAAACACGUGUGCUAUCUGAGAAAACCGGAGACACUCAAGUGCUUAAUUGGGAGGAGACUCAAGACCAUGAAAGUGAAUGUAAAUGGGAAAAUAUUAUGGGAGACAAACCGGGUUUGAUUUUGGAGAAAUCUCGGUACAAUGGAGAUUCAAUCUGUGACAUCAGCUCAUGCAAUGGUGAAAUAUACGAGGAUACAGCAAUCAAGGAAGAUAUAAAGCACAUAGCAGCUGCACCACAGAACGAGAACCAGAGGUUUAUAGAACAUCCUGACCAGUCAGGUGAGGCUACAGUAACAACAUCCAAGAUCCAUGAGGAGCAGUCCAAGUAUGAGUAUGAGAACUUAAGCAAAAGACAAGAGUUGGAUAAGAACAUUAGUGACAGAGUCAGGUAUGAGUUAGAGGAGUCUAUAUACGAGACAAAUGAGGCUCUUGAUACUGGCAAAGUGAGCGAAGAUGGAUCUGUUGUUUCUCUCACAAAGGCGAGUGAAACAUUCAAAACAAGCAUAGAAGGCGAGGAGAGUUUCGCGUCUCAUCAAAUGGAUCCUCCAAACGAGAAUGGAGAAGAUUCCUAUGAUGAAAUACUUGAGUAUGCAGGUGAACGAACAUGGGCAGAGACUAUGGAAGAUAGAGCGGUGUUACAUUUGGAGGAAUAUGAAACCAACUAUGAGAACUACAGAAAACCAUUUGUAGGGACGAUAAACGAACCAGAAGAGGAUGCUGAUGGAAGAUUGGAAUCCAGUUCAAGGGGUUCCUUCAGUGACCAUGAAAGUUUAGAAGAGAGUGUUGUGUUUCAGGAAUCUCAAGAUGCUAAACCAGAUCAGUCCCAGUAUGAGUAUGAGAUACCAAGCAAAAAGGAAGAGUUAAGUAAUACCGUUUUUGACACAGAAAGGCAUGAGAUACAGGAGGAUAGAUACGAGUCAAACGAAACGCUUGAGCCAGCCAAUAUGGUCGGAAAUGGAUCUUUUGUUUCUCUUGAGAAGGCGAAUGAAACAAACAUAAGUGAGACAGGGGAAGAGAGGUCGGUAUCUCAUCAAAUGGCGCCUCAAAACGAGAAUCGAGAGGCAAUGGGAGAUGAAGCCGAGUUACAGUUGAAGGAAUAUCAUAGCAAGCCACAUGAAUGGACUUCAGAGAGAGCUCCAACAUUUCGUCUGCAUACGUACGAGGUAGGGACAAUGCUUGCAUCAGAAGAGGAUGCGAAUGGAAGAUCAUCCAGUUCAACGGACUCCACCAACGAAAAUGAAACUUCAGAAGAGAAAGCUGUGGUUCAUGAGGAGUCUUUGCGGGUGGAUGAGAACAAAAUAGAAGGGCUAAUAGUUAGUCUAAUGGUGGAAGAUGGACCAUCAUUGCACUUGGAGAAGUGCGGAAAUGAUUCAACAUUUGAAUGGACAGAAAGAGCUCCAACAAUUCAUUUGCAUGAGCUAGGGACAAUGCUUGAACCAGACGAGCAUGCCGAUGGAAGAUCAGAAUCCAGAUCAACUGGUUCCUUCAGUAACGAUGAAAGUUCAGAGUUGAGAGCUGUGCUCCACGAGGAGGAGGAGCAGCUAAUCAGCGAUAGCAGAACUGAAAAGCUACAGCUACACGAAAUGACAGAAGAUAGGGUAUCACUGGGCUUGGAGAAGGGUGAAAACAGAUCAAUAAAAUUGGAAGAGACAUUUGACUGGACUUCAGAAAGAGCUUUAACGUUUCGUCUACAUGAGUCUGAGUCUGAGCAAGGGACAAGGCAUGCUGAUGGACAAUCAGAAUCUAGUUCAAGAGUUUCCUCCUACGAAGAUAUAAUUUCAAAAGAAAGAGAGAUAAGCCAUGAGGAAGAGCCCAGGCUGGUGAUUGAUAGCAGAACCGAAGCGCAACAAGUAGACGAAAUGACAGAAGAUAUGGUAUCAUUAGACUUGGAGGGUGAAAAUGAAACAAGGAAACUGAAUGAGACAUUCAAGUGGACUUCAGAGAGAGCUUUAACAUUUCGUCACCGUGAGUAUGAGCUAGGGACAAUGCAUGAACUGGACGAAGAUGCAGAUGGACGAUCAGAAUCUAGCUUAAGAGGUUCCUUUAAUGAACAUGGAAUUUCAAUAGAAAGAGCUGUCCUCCACGAGGAUGAGUCUUGGCUGGUGGACGAUUAUGAAACCAAAGCGCUUAAAGCAGGCGUAAUGGCAGAAAACGAACCAUCACUGAACUUGGAGAAGUGUGAAAACGAAAAAGUGGUAUUGGACCAGACACUUGAACCAAGAGGUGAUAUAUUCAGGCUCAGUCUUGAUGACACUCAGACCUUUAAACAAGGUGACACUGAAGAAAACAUACCAGCAUCUGAAGGCCAUGAAUCCCCAAGUAAAAUGGCUGCAGAGGAUAUCUUGGGAGACCAUUUACAGCAUUUGCAGAUAGAGAAUGAGAAGUCAGGACUAAUCUCUGAACCAUAUUCUCAUUUCUAUAACACAACGGAUCCCUCUGAGAUUGUGGGGCUGCGUCUUGCGUUAUAUGAAACCCAAACUUCACCUCUACGGUCACCUCUCAGUUCACCAAUGCAUACUCCUAUGGGUUCCCCACUGCAUAUCCUGAUGCGUUCUCCAAUUGCUUCACCAAUGCAUUCCCACAUAGUUUCACCAAUGCGUUCUCCCAUCAACUCAUCUGGAUCACUCUCUGAUGUAUUGUUCUUCGGCAAGAAAGCUUGA